UCUCUCUCUCUCUCUCUCUCUCUCUCUCUCUCUCUCUCUCUCUCUCUCUCCAUGGCCGAUUCAAAACAAGCCAACCUAAAUGGAGCCUACUAUGGCCCGCCCAUCCCACCCAAAAGAGAUUAUCACCGACCUGGUCGAUCGAGUGGAUGCUGCUGCGGCCCAUGCUGCAUACUAAGCGCCUUGUUCAAGCUCAUCUUCACCAUCGUCGUCAUCCUUGGCAUAGCCGCCCUUGUUAUCUGGCUUGUUCUCCGCCCUUCAAAGGUGAAAGUGCAUGUCGACAGCGCCACCCUUACUCAGUUCAACCUCAGUAAUAGCAGUAAUCUCCAUUACAACCUUGCUCUAGACAUAGCCAUAAGGAACCCCAACAAGCGAAUUGGCAUUUACUACGAUAAGCUCGAAGCUAACGCUUACUACGAAGGACAGCGGUUUGAUUACGUGCCUCUGCCAACUUUCUAUCAAGGCCAUAAGAACACAACCAAUCUCUAUCCAGUUUUCACCGGGCAAGCUGCUAUUCCGUUCCAGAGUUCUGAUGUUGAGGUUUUCAAUAGGGAGAAUGGAGACAGGCUUUUCUCCAUUAAGGUUAAGAUCUAUGCAAGGAUUAGGUUUAAGAUUGGAUCAAUCAAGACUAAUCGCUACAAGCCGGAUUUCGAGUGCGAGUUGAGGGUCCCUUUAAUGACGAGCGGCAGCUCCUCUGCUGUCGGAUUUACUAGGACGAAGUGCGACAUCGAUUUCUGAUCACUGUUCCAUUAGCCCUUCUAUUCAUUUGGUUUUUUUUUUUUUUUUUUUUUAAAUAAAUUUAAUUUCUUUGAUUAUAUUGGGAGGUUUGCUCACUUCACAAGAGUCACAUGUGUAAAUAUGAACUGCUUGUGUGCGAUCUGUACCUUCCAUAAGGUUGGAAAUAAUGCUUAGAUCUUCUGCCUUAAAUUUCAGAAAUUUUCAGUCUUCAGGUGGGCCACAACUUACAAAGUGAAUUGCUGGUUAAGAUAUUUUACAGCCGUUCAUUCAUUUCUUAUAUCUUGUGGCUCACUUGAGGUGUGGAAUGGGUUGAUUUUUAUGUCAGAAGAUCUAAAUCGUUUAGUUCACCGGAUGGAAAGCUUAGAUCUCACACAGUUGAUUCAUUUUUGCACUUGUGCUGGUGUGGAAUUAGCAAAGCUCUAUGUUUUUUUUUUUUUUUUUCCUGUAAGUUGAGUUGGUUGAUUGUAUGAUAUCAAAUGUUUUUUAUUUAAUAGAUAUGCUUUUCUAUUUAA